GUGACUGUAGGGAGAAUGGAAAGUGAAAAGGAAUGGAGCGACCAACAAAUAGAAACUCUCAUUGCAUUCUAUCAAGGCAAUGAAUCCCUUUGGAACCACAACAAUCCCCAGUAUCACCAGAAUAAUAACAAGGAUUUGCUGUAUGACAUGCUUAUGAAAGACCUUGUGGACAAGUAUGAUGCUGAUGAUAUCAAGAAAAAGUGGAAAGAGCUUGUCAAAAAAUUGAAAUUAGAGCAUUCUAAGGCAUCUGUAAAGCCAUCUGGAAGUGGCACAACUGACAUCUACACUCCAGCCUGGGAAUUUUAUAGUCAAUUGAAGUUCCUCACUGCUGUCUGUGAUGAUACAGAUGAGACUGUUGAUUAUUGAAGAAUCUUCAAAACCGAAAGUU